AUGCUGCUCUUGGGGGUGCUGCUAAUAAAUGUACUGCUGGCAACUGGAAUAUCAGGGUCAUCGAGUUCUUUGCUUCAUGAGCCAUUGACCUCCCGUUGCAGCCUUUUUGGGACUGAUCACAUCAAAACUUUCGAUGGCUCUUUCUACAGCUUUGUUGGGGACUGCAGUUAUGUCCUUGCAGGCGACUGCCACAAGCACUCCUUCACACUCUUAGGUGACUACCAGGAUGGGGAGAAAAUUGGUUUCUCUGUGUACCUUGGAGAAUAUUUUAGUCUUCACUUUUCUCUAGAUGGAAGAGUGACAAAGGAAGACAAAAGGAUUUCCAUACCUUUUGCCUCCAAUGGCCUAUUUGUGGAGAAGGAAGCAGGUUACUAUAAAAUAUACAGCAACGAGCAUGGCUUUGAGGUGAAGAUGGAUACCAGUGGCAACAUUCAGAUACUCUUGAAAGAAAAGCACUAUAAUAAGACCUGUGGGCUGUGUGGUAACUUGAAUAGGUUCGCUGAAGAUGACUUCAGAACUCAGGAAGGGACCCUUGUGGCAAACAGCUAUGAUUUUGCAAACUCCUGGGCUUUGCACAGUGAGAACAAGAGGUGCAAGAGAGUGCUGACUCCGAGCAACACCUGCAACAUUUCUUCUGAUAUUGCAGAGAAGGGUGUCAUGGAAACCUGUCAGCUGCUAAGGACGUCUUUGACCUUCUCCCGGUGCCACCAUCGGGUCGAUCCGGAGCCCUACAUCAGUCUGUGUGAGAGAGACAUUUGUUCUUGUACCCAGCACGUGGACUGCCACUGCUCAGCCUUCCUGGAUUAUGCAAGGAGCUGUGCUCAAGAAGGAGUGAUUUUGGAUGGGUGGCCUGAAGAGAGCUCAUGCAGGCCAAGUUGUCCAGUUGGCAUGGAAUAUAAGGAGUGCAUAUCCCCCUGUGCCAGAACCUGUCAGAGCCUGAAUAUCAACGAAGUGUGCCAUGGACAAUGUGUUGAUGGCUGCAGCUGCCCUGAGGGGAAGCUCCUUGAUGGUGAACACUGCAUUGAAACCUCUGACUGCUCCUGCAUCCACUCUUGCAACAUUCCUCCUGGCUUCUCCAUCUCCCAGGACUGCAACUCAUGCAUCUGUAGACGUGGCACCUGGAUCUGUAGCAACGGGGAAUCCCAGGUAUGUCCUGGAGAAUGCUCUGUCACUGGCCAAUCCCAUUUCAAAAGCUUUGACAACAAGUAUUUCACCUUCAGUGGCAUUUGUCAGUACUUAUUUGCCAAGGACUGCCUGGACAACUCCUUCUCUGUGAUCAUCGAGACUGUGCAGUGUGCAGAUGAUCCUGAUGCUGUGUGCACUCGCUCAGCCUCUGUCCAAAUCCGUGAUAUGGACAACAGCCUCAUUAAAAUGAAACAUGGAGGAGGAGUUUCACUGAACGGACAAGACAUACAGAUCCCUCUGGUGCAAGGUGCUCUCCGUCUCCAGCGCACAGCGAGGGCUUCAGUUCGCCUCACCUAUGGGGAAGAUAUGCAGAUUGACUGGGAUGGUCGUGGUGAACUCCUAGUGAAGCUCUCUCCAGUCUAUUCUGAAAGGACGUGUGGGCUGUGUGGAAAUUACAAUGGUAACCAAGGGGAUGAUUUCCUUACACCUUCUGGCAUGGUGGAAACUCUUCUGGAAGAUUUUGGGAACUCCUGGAAGCUCAGUGCGGACUGCCAGAACCUGUUGAAACAAGACAGUGAUCCCUGCAGUCUCAAUCCUCGUUUAGCUAAAUAUGCCGAGGACUCCUGCUCAGUUCUGAUGUCCUCUGCAUUUGAACCCUGUCACCAUGAAGUCAGUCCCACACCCUACGUGAAGAACUGCCAGUUUGAUGUUUGCUCAUGCUCCAGUGGCAAGGAUUGCCUGUGCUCUGCUAUUGCUUAUUAUUCAGCAGCCUGUGCUAGGAAGAGUGUCCAGGUCCAGUGGAGAGCACCUGACUUCUGUCCAAUGACCUGCCCUGAAGGCCAAGUGUACCAACAGUGUGGGACACCCUGCAACCAGACCUGCAGAUCUCUGUCCUAUCCGGAUGAAUCCUGUGAUGACAUCUGUGAAGGAUGCGACUGUCCCCCUGGGCACUACAUGGAUGAGCAGCAGCAGUGUGUGCCCAGGUCUCAGUGCUCCUGUUAUUAUGAUGGUGAGAUCUUCCAGCCAGAGGACAUCUUUUCAGAUCAUUACACUAUGUGCUAUUGUGAGAAUGGUUUCAUGCACUGCAGUACCAGCAGAGCUCCUGGUGCCUUCCUGCCAGACACUUUCAUUGAUGAGAGGCCAUCUGCAGAAGUUAUCAAAGAUAGCUUGAACAUGCAGAUACCCAUGGAAAGAUUGGUCUGUCCUUGCAAACAACCCCAGAGCUGAAGGGUGGAGUGUGCCAAAACUUGCCAGAAUUAUGACUUGGAGUGCAUCAGCCAUGGUUGCAUAUCUGGAUGCCUCUGUCCAAAAGGGAUGGUGCGACAUGAGAACAAGUGCGUUGCUCCCGAGAGGUGCCCCAUGUUUUCAGAUGGAAGAGAGUAUGCCAAGGGAGACAUGGUGACUAAUGACUGCAACACCUGUGUGUGUCAUGGUCGAAAGUGGGAAUGCACCCAGAAUGCCUGUGAUGGCACCUGUACAGUUAUUGGCACUGCUCAUUAUAUGACCUUUGAUGGGCUGAAAUACAAGUUUCCAGGAAACUGUCAAUAUGUGCUAGUUCAGGAUUUCUGCAACGAUAACUCUGGAACCUUCCGGGUCCUAAUCUCAAACGAAGGCUGUGGCUUCACUGGAGAAAAGUGCACCAAAAGGGUUCUCAUUCUGUAUGGAGGAGGAGAAACAGAAUUGUUCAAUGGAAACGUGAACAUCAAAGUUCCUCCUAAGGAUGACAGUGAUAUAGAAGUGAUGAGAUCUGGCCGUUACUACAUCAUUUCACUGGGCAAAAGCAUCAGUGUGACCUGGGAUCUGGCCAUGGGAGUCUCAGUUAUCUUAAAAGGCAAUUUCAAAGAUCAAGUGUGUGGUCUGUGUGGAAAUUUUGAUGGAAUCCAAAACAAUGAUUUGACCAGCAGCAGUGAACACAUUGAAGUAGAUCCAGUCGACUUUGGGAAUUCUUGGAAAGUUAAUCCAUACUGUGCUGAUGUUGAAAAGCCCAGCCAGCAACAGACCUUGAUGUCUCCACUGUGUGAUGGAAACAUAGUGAAGCAGGUGAUGGUAGAAACAUCAUGCAGCAUUUUGGCUGGGGAGCUCUUUGAAGAGUGCAGAAAACUUGUGAAUCCUGAGCCCUACAUAGAUAUUUGCAUGUAUGACACUUGUGCUUGUGAAUCUAUUGGGGACUGUGCUUGCUUCUGUGAUGCCAUAGCAGCCUAUGCACAUGUGUGUGCACAAAAAGGGGUUGCUGUUCACUGGAGAUCAUCAUCUCUGUGCCCACAAAGCUGUGAGGACAUGAAUAAACAAGAAUUAGAUUAUCAGUGUGAAUGGAGGUAUAACAGCUGUGGACCUGCCUGCCCUACAACGUGUCAGCACCCACAGCCAUUGGAGUGCCCUCUGCGGUGUGUGGAAGGAUGCCAUAUACACUGUCCUGCAGGGAAAAUACUUGAUGAACUGUCUCUGGAUUGUGUCAGUCCAGAAGAAUGUCCCAUCUGUGAAGCUGGAGAUAUCAAGAUCCCACAUGGAAGGAGAACAGUUUUGAACAGAGAUGAUCCACAGCACUGCCAGUCCUGCCUGUGUGAAGGGAAGAAUUUAACCUGUGUAGCCUGUGAACCGAUGGAAGAGGCCCUAAUGCUGACCACACCUAUUCCAGAGGAGGACAUUGAGCUACCAGCCAGUGCAUACUCCUGCAGCAAGAUGAUGGACUUGGCCUUCCUAAUGGAUGGUUCCAACAAGCUGUCAGAGGAGGACUUUGAACAGCUGAAGACUUUCAUAACUGGCAUGAUGAAGAAACUCCACAUCUCCAGAAGAAUCCGAGUCUCAAUCCUAGUCUAUAGAGCUGGCCCCACAAUCUACCUCGGCCUGAAAGAUAUCAAACCACAAUCCCAGAUGAGAAAAAUUGUCCAAGGCAUAAAAUACACAGGGGACCAAGUAGCAUCUGCCCCGGAAGUCCUAAGUACAUUGUGUUUCAUUGUCUUUGGGAGGCAUGAAAGGACCAACGCUGCCAGGAUUGCAGUGCUCUUACAGCCAGCAAGUCUCCCAGGGAAACUCCGCAACAUUGUCACUGUUCUGAAGAACAAAAAAAUUGCAGUGAUGCAUGUGGGGAUUGGCCCCCACGUUAGUGUGGAGCAGAAGUUCAUCGAGAGGCAGUCACCGGAUAACAAAACCGUCCUUGUGAACAAUGUUGAGCUGACGGAGAAUAGGGAUCUCUCAUCGAUCACACUGUGUGAUCUUGGACCUGAAGAAAGUAUGCUGUUGCAAUCUACGUCUGCGACCGUAUCCAGCACCUCAGUCCCCUUCUGGGGACUCACACAGCACCACCCUUCUUUUCUGAAAAAGCCCACUGUCAAAAAGCUGGACAUUGCUUUUGUUGUGGAAGGAUCUGAUAGCCGUAGGGAGGAGAAUUUCAGUAUUGUCAAGAACUUCCUUGAGAGGGUGAUUGGGGAAUGGAUGUUGGGUCAGGAAGAUAUUCACAUCACAGUAAUGCAGUACUCAGAAGGUGUUACUCUGGAGUAAUCCUUUAGGGAAAUACAGUCAAAGGAAAGUAUUAUUGAAAAGGUGAAGAGCAUCCCCUACCAAGGGAGGAAGGCUACCAACACAGGGAAUGCUCUUGAUUAUAUAUCCAAGCACACCAUUUACAGCAGUGAAUGGGGCAGGCAAGAUGUCCCUCACUUAGUAUAAGGGGUCAGCCUCCCUUCCACUGACGUCAUCACCACUGACCUCCCCGGCAGCAUAAACGUGAUUCCCAUAGGCAUAACUCCCAAUGCUAAUAUCGAAGAGCUCAGGAAAAAUAAGUCAACCUCAUGACCCAAUUGUCUGCACAGUUAUAGUGCACUUCUUCAAGCACCUGGGUUAGUGCUGCAGUCGUGCUGCUCCCAAAAAAUCUGGGCAGGAAUUCCAGAGAUGUGCAACAAACCAAUGGAUGUCAUGUUUCUUCUGGAUGGAAGUUCCAAUAUUGGAGCAUCAGAAUUUGAGGAAAUGAAAAGCUUUGUACGGGCAUUUAUUGACAGUGUUGACAUCAGCAAUACUUCAAUUCAUGUGGCAGUUCCAGUAUGCAGGGAAAAUCAUCUAGAGAUUCCAUGGAAUGUGCCUCAAGAGCCUGUAAGGCUCGCAGAGAUGGUGCACUCGAUCCAACAAAGGGGCAAGGUCCUACAGGCUGGGAACUCCAAGAGAGCAGCCAUUGAUUUUGUAGUUCAGAAUGCCAUGGCGGAAUCUCACGGAGGGAGACCCAGCGCAUCCAAAGUCACCAUAGUCAUCGUGUCGGGGAGAUCAGAAGACACUCUGGAGGCUGCUGCGCUUGCUGCAAGGAUGAACAGGGUAUCUCUAUUUCCAAUUGGAGUUGGAAGUGGAUACGAUGAAGAGCAGCUAAGGAUUUUGACUGGGCCAGCAGCUGCUAACAGAAUCAUGAAGCUUCAGCAUUUUGAAGACUUGUCCACCAUGAUCACAUUGAAUAGUGAAUUUAUCAACAAAGUCUGCAUGGACCCUGUCAGAGAAUGCAUAGAUGAGGACGGAAACAAAAAAAAGCCUGGUGAUAAAUGGACGUUGCCAGAACAGUGUCACACUGUGACAUGCUUUCCAGGAGAUUACACAGUUCUGGAGAGCCACCAACUUAACUGUGAGAGGAUGCCAAAGCAAAAUAUAAUGGUCCAUGUCAUUCCUGUGUUGAGGGCUCCAGAGUUGGAUGCAGUACUCCAGGGUGUGUGUAUUGGGAGUUCAUCUCGACAUAUUGUCACCUUUGAUGGGCUGAAUUUCAAGCUGACUGGCAAUUGCUCCUACACCUUAUUUCGAGACAUUGAACAUAUGUUGAAGUUUCUGCUUCAUGAAGGCCCAUGCAGAGCAACACCAAGGAUGAACUGUAUGGACUCCAUUGAAGUGAAACACCAUGCUGUAUCUGUCCAGCUCUUCAGUGACAUGGCAGUGGCUGUUAAUGGGGAAAGGGUUUCCAUCCCUUAUUCCAGCAGUUUGUUUGAAGUCACUAUCUAUGGAACAAUAAUGCAUGAAAUCAAGUUCUCCCUUGGACAUAAUCUCACAUUCACUCCAAGAAACAAUGAAUUCAUUCUUAAACUUAAUUUCAAGAGCUUUUCUUCAGGAACACAGGGGCUUUGUGGGGUGUGUGACCAGAACCAUGUCAAUGACUUCACCCUACAUGAUGGGUCUGUCACUUCUGACAGCAGCACGUUUAUCCAAGACUGGACAGUGGAAAAGCCAGGGAAGACAUGUGAAAUGUGGAGAGAAGACAAAUGCUCUGAGCAUGCGUUGAGUCUCUGCCAACUUCUGCUCUCCCAUAAGUUUGCAGUGUGCCACAUGGUCAUCCCCCCCAACUUGUUCUAUGAGGCCUGUGAAGAGAGCAGCUGCUAUGAGGAUGAAGCCUGUGAAAUGAUCACUUCCUACGCUCACAUCUGCAGGGAGAACGGAGUCUGCAUAGACUGGAGGACACCUGAAAUUUGUCCAAUGAAAUGUCCUGCAUAUUUGUCAUAUGAUCACUGCCACAAAGCCUGCAUAAAGCACUGUGAGAAUGGCACCAACCUCAGUGUCUGCAAGGAUUAUCCCACAGAAGGUUGCUUCUGUCCAGAUGGACAGGUGACUUUUAACCACAGCUGUGUUGCUGAAGAGGUCUGCACACAGUGUGUCACUGAAGAUGGCACCCACCACCAGCACAUGGAAACAUGGAUUCCUGACAAUGAGCCUUGCAAGAUCUGCACGUGUCUGGAUAACAAGGAAAUCAACUGCUCUGUCCAACCUUGCCCUGCUGCUAAAUCCAUCCAGUGUGGUCCCUGUGAGGUCCCUCGUCUGCGCAGGGACAGUAGCCAGUGCUGCCCUGAAUUUGAGUGUGUCUGUGAUCUGGUUUCCUGUGAUUUGCCUCCUGUCCCUGUCUGUGAGUUUGGCCUGCAGCCUGCCCUAACCAACCCUGGAGAAUGUAGACCUAAUUAUACAUGUGUCUGUAAUAGAGAAGCAUGCAGCACAAUUCAGAGACCUUCCUGCCCGCCUCAUCAAGAGCUGACUGUCAAGAAGACUGAGUGCUGUGACAGCUAUGAGUGUGCCUGCAACUGCACAAAUUCAACCCUGAGCUGCCCUCUGGGAUACCUCUCCAGAUCUCUCACCAAUGAGUGUGGCUGUGUGUCUACCACCUGUGUGCCAGGCAGGGUGUGUGUGCACAACAACAUAAUCUACCCCAUCAGGACAACCUGGGAAGAUGGUUGCAAGGAAUGCUCUUGCACUGAUAUGAGAGAUGAUGUUACAGGACUUCAGGUGAUGGAGUGUCAUGACAAAGCGUGUGACACGUUCUGCUCCCGGGGCUACAGGUAUAUUGUCCAAGAAGGGGAGUGUUGUGGCAGAUGCCAGAAGACUGCCUGUGAGGAGCAGCUGUUCUGGUCUCGGGGCGAUGCAGAUUCUCGUUUGCAUGAGGUUGGCACAGAGUGGAGAUCCCCCCUCAACCCUUGUGUUGUGAAUGAGUGUGUCCGGGUCAACAAUGAGGUUUUCGUGCAGCAGAAGAAUCUUUCUUGCUCUCAGAUGGAUGUGCCUGACUGUCCAGAGGGAACUGAACUACGCUGUGACCAAGUCAUAGACUGCUGCCCUUCCUGCAGAUGUGUACCCCUGAAUGGUUGUCCUUUGAAUGGCACUGUUAUUGGGAGUGGAGAACGCCUAAUGGUAGAUCAGUGCACGACCUGCCUUUGCUCUGCCCAGUCAACAGCUUCUCGGAGAUACACCCUGACCUGGACAAAACUGUCCUGUGAGCCGUGCCCAAUGAAUUACAAGAGACAGGAGAUCUCUGGCUCUUGCUGUGGAAGAUGUGUGCCAACUUCAUGUGGCAUCAGGCUGAGAGAUGGAAGGAUGAAAUUCCUCCAGCCAAACGAAUCGCUUCAGGAUGGUUGUGACAGUCACUCUUGUAAAGUAAACGAGAAAGGGGAAUUUAUCUGGGAGAGGAGAAUCACUGGCUGUCCUCCCUUUGAUUCCAGAAGAUGUCUGGCUGAAGGAGGCAGAAUUGCAAAGAUUGGCAGUACCUGCUGUGACACAUGUAAAGAAGUUGAAUGUCGACCUGUAAGCACCCAGGACUUGCAGUAUGAGAAAGUCAAUGGGUGUGUAGCUGAAAAAAGGUGCGCAAUUUCUCAUUGUGAGGGCAAGUGCAGAAGCAACACCAGAUACUCUGCUCAGAAAGGGCAAUGGGAGGACGUGUGCAGCUGCUGCACAGCCACUCAGACCACCAUGGUGACAAUCCCCCUGAGGUGUGCCAACGGGACAGUGGUGCAGCAUUACAUCCCUUCUGCCUCUCAGUGUGAGUGCCUCCCUCGGAAGUGCACAGAAUGAAGAUCUCCAAGGACUUUAAUCUCAAGCUUUAUGAUGAAGGAACUUCACAGUGCAAGCCUCAUUACUCUCUGUAGACAGUUUUACGCAGUAGAAUCCUAACUAGUGGUAUCAACAUAGCAAGCAAUAAAGCUUACUAGCUCAA